UUUUAAGAGUACGUUAUGUUGAAACGGCAUAGAAAAGGUGCUGAUCGACUCUGGAAGGAGUAAAAACUUUGUUUCACAGCAGCUUCACUGGAUUGCCAUAUGCGCAGUAUAUUACUGAACAGGACUAAACAAACUUUCUUUUUGCACUCAGACUGGAUUUUAUCUUUGCAAUUUUGAGACACCGUUCAUGCUCAGAGGGACUUACAGUGUCCGGGAUUCUUUCAUGUCUUAGUUUACGCGAAAAGUAAGAGGAAAAUUAAUCCGUGCUUUAUUGACUAGAAAAUCAUGUCUAUGCUUCCAACAUUUGGUUUUACGCAGGAGCAAGUUGCGUGUGUCUGUGAAGUUCUCCAACAAGGGGGCAACAUUGAACGUCUUGGUCGCUUUUUGUGGUCUUUACCUGCCUGCGAGCACCUCCACAAGAAUGAGAGCGUCCUCAAAGCCAAGGCGGUGGUGGCUUUUCACAGGGGCAAUUUCAGAGAACUGUAUAAAAUCCUCGAGAGCCACCAGUUUUCUCCGCACAACCAUCCCAAGCUGCAGCAGCUGUGGCUCAAAGCGCACUACAUCGAAGCGGAAAAGCUGAGAGGACGCCCUCUCGGGGCUGUGGGAAAGUACCGUGUCCGCAGAAAGUUCCCCCUGCCCCGGUCGAUCUGGGACGGCGAAGAGACAAGUUAUUGCUUUAAGGAGAAGAGCCGGAGUGUUCUGAGGGAGUGGUAUACCCACAACCCGUACCCUUCCCCGCGAGAGAAGCGGGAGCUGGCCGAAGCCACGGGACUGACAACCACCCAAGUCAGCAACUGGUUCAAAAACAGACGGCAAAGGGACCGUGCAGCAGAGGCAAAGGAAAGGGAAAACAACGAGAAUUCAAACACUAACAGCCAUAACCCAUUGACUUCUUCCAUGAAUGGAAAUAAAACAAUCUUGGGGAGUUCGGACGACGACAAAACACCUUCUGGGACGCCGGAUCACACCUCGUCAAGCCCGGCUUUGCUCAUGACUUCCAACUCGGGGCUUCCGCCGCUCCACGGCCUUGCGCCCCCCCCUGGUCCCAGCGCCAUCCCCGUGCCCAGUACGGACACCGUACACCACCAUCACUCUUUGCACGACACUAUACUGAACCCUAUGUCGUCCAACCUGGUCGACCUCGGCUCUUAAACGCAGGGACUGUUUUUAAAAGACAUUAACGAGAACAUGGACGAUCGAUUGAAACAGACGCCUGAAGCGAUGUUCAAAAUGUAAACGGACAGAAUCCUUAGAGGAUAUUUUAUCGACACGGGGGAGGUGACAUGGUAGGCGUUUAAAGGUAUUUUAUUAGAAUGUAAUAACAGGUUAUUUCGAAGAAAACAAGAACGUCUUAAUUCUUAUUAUCAUCAUCAUCGUAAUUAUUAUUUUAGAGGACAGAGUUACAACAGAUCCGUCUGAGUCGGGUAUACCCCAAGUCCUUUUCACAUGCCGACACCCUGCAGAUCUUCAAACACGUCAUGUUCGGUUUUAUUUUUUAUGGGGUAUCAUAUUAGAUAUGUUGUUAAGGGGAGCAGUCUUAAAAAUAUAAUCUCUUCUUUUUAUUUGUAUCUUAUUUUGGAAAGCGACUGCAUGUAAACUUGCGAAUAAUAAAAUAUUAAAAUCGAUCCCGCCAUAGUUUCAUAUACCCUUUACAAUAAAAUUAAGUAUUGAAUACAUUAAAGAUAUCAGGUGUCUCAUUCAUCUCAUAUGGUUUUUGUUUAAUUGUGUUUUAUAACAAUAUAGCGUCUCUCGUUGAUAUGCCGUGUGCCGCCCGUAGAAAGCCGUAACAUGUUAGGUGAAAAACAUUAACUUUAAUCUAAGAAGAAAGUUGCAUAACCUAUAUGUCUUUCAUGAUAACGAUCAUGAUUAGGCCCCGAAUAACAGAAUUUGGCAAGCUGGGUAAAUUGCGUACAGUAAUUUAACCCUUAGGCUUGGCUUACUGCUAUUUAUGCGAAAGCCUCUGAAGUUUUGUAGACAUUUAAUUACUUAAACCUCGCCAGCAUUUUCCCUCGUGUUUCCUGCUAGUUUAUUUGCAAAUUGCUGAGGGUUAUCAAGAAAAUACUGUCGCAGCCACGUCGUUCCGUAUUAAUAGCUCGCAGUGCUCGUUUUAGUUUUCAAGUUGUUCAAAUCCCGAAUUCCACGUAAGUAUGUCUUAAUUGUAUAUUUCCGUAGUCGUCGUAGAUUUGUGCGGCACAUAUCUGCCUCUGGCUUUCUUCUGGGGGAUCCAUUUAUAACCGUGUCAUUUAAAACUGGUCAUUUAAACUGUAUGCGGCACGAGGGUAGGCUGCUUUGUAUUUGCGUGAAUUGCGUUUGGUAGAUGUAGAAUAUAGGUCUGCCCCUUAUGGCGAAGUUGCUGGUUGGCAAAGCCUCCCCCUCAUCUUAGUCUGUAGAAGCGUACACGAUGCCAUUUUCGUGGUUGUUUUCGGUUUGCAUCGCUUUCUCUGGGAAGUGAGGCUGCCGUACUCAGACACGUCUACAGCGAAACACAGGGAGGCAACUAUACAGAUUAAUAUCGCAAGUUGUUAAAAUAUUCGGAAACCUAAGACAUGUAGUUUUCCCAACUGACCGUAAAGAACGGGGGACAUUGUCUAGUAUACAAGUACUGGCAGUUAGGGAUUGAAUAGACUUUUUCAGUAGGUCGCCACUCGAGUGUAGAUAACCUAGUUAAAUUGCAUAUGCUCGGGUCGGAGGCCAUUAUAGACGUACGGCUUUGCUGCUGUAGACACGAGCAUAUCUGGUGUCCUGAUUUAACGCACUUCCAAUGCGGGCCGGUAAUAAAAAGUUUUAUUAAUGCGUUACGUCCUCUGAUCGGCCUUACGUAUGUUUCAAAAUAUGUAAAUCAGACGCAUAAAAUUAUUUGUUCGGCCGUUAAUACAGGUAAUUUAGUAUGCUGAUUAUUGUUUAAAUUUAUUUUUAAAGUACAUCUUUUUAAAGACAGCGGCAGCCUACAUAACAGUGAAAUGUUGCCUUUUUAAUUAAAUUCACCAUUAACUGUAAUCUUUACCCUGUAUUUUCUACAAUAGCCUAUAGGCUACACUCUGCACGAAUCACUUUAGCAUCAAUGUACCUGGCAAUCUAAAUAGAUUAAAUACUGAUUGUCUCCGCAGCUGGGCGUUAAAUAUUUUCCCGCAAAGGUAAAAAAUGGCCACAAAUAUGAUAGAUAUUUUUCGAAAAUAUGAGAAUCGGUGCCAUUCCUGAAAAAUUUUAUGAGCAGGAGAAAAUAAGCCACUGAUAAAUUUAAUAGGCCUACUUGAUCUGUCUCAGAGGUGUCAGAGGGAGUGUAAGCGCGGUGCCCUACAGACUCCAGACUUAUCUGCUCCACGCCAAGGCUGCUGCAACAGUCACUUCGGAUCAUCUGCUGUACUUGACGAGAGAGAGGUUACCAUCCACAUUCACUGCUUUGUUCUACUUCUUAAAUGUUUACAUGUAUAUUCCAACUAAUCCGGUCGCGUGUAAAAUAUUGUUAGGUCAACUUAAAUUGUUAUAUGUGUUAAUGCUGCAGACGUACUGGUUUGAUUUCUUGGAAAAAUACCAAUUUUACGCAGAUGAAUUGAGAUGGGGUUUUCUGCUAAGGAUGUUUGGGUUUUAUAGGGGCUUGUUACAGUGUAGUAACACAAACAAUUUAGGAUGGUGGGGUAGCAAAGCCUUUUAAGACUAAAUGAAGCUAUUUUUUAUUUUAUCGAAAAACUAUAUAUUUAAACGUCUAAAUAUAUUACAAUAGAUUGCUUUAUAAUUUAAUUGCACGCCUCCCACAGGAAUGUUAGAGUCCCAUCGGAUGCCAAUACAAAAAUUUUCAGCUUUUGCAUUACUUUCCAAUUUUGCAGUGGUUAGUACGGUUUUAUUCCGUUUUACUUUAUGAACAAAGUGUGUGCUCUCAUUGGUCCCUGCCUCUAAGAUGUCAAACAUUUUUGCAUCGCUUUAAAGCAAACAGGGCAUUAAUUACAGUCUUUGGUCAGAGGGGAAUAACAAUAAGGAAGCGUACCUUGGAAACACACGAAAGCUGUGACAAACUUGCAGGCAUAAUUGAAAUACGAGUGACAGUUUCCUCUAGACAAGGUGAAACUUUGUUCAGGCGGCCGUGCCCUAAGUUUUGAGGGGGCGGGGAGUCAUUAUAUUUCUGAUUAUAGGAUGCUUCAUAGCACUCUGGACUUGUAACGCAACACAAAAAAGCUGCCUGUAUUCUUCUGUUCUUUACUGUUGCAGUAAAUACGCCGAGGUGCCUUGUAGAAACUUGCGUAAAAAGAAGCAAAACUAAAAAAACAAAAAAUGAACAGUGGACUGAACCAGCAACACUGGAUUUUUAACACCAGACUCAAAUUCAUCCAACUCCUCGUGUCUGUACACUCCUCAGUGCACUAUUUUUUUCGUUACGUCGCAUUCAAAGGACAUGGUCUGUCCACUUAGGAAUAGUACAUGUACGUGCCGCAUGUCUGCAUAUAAAAAUCAUGUGGAAACAGGAGGCGUCUUAUAAAUGUAUUAACAGUGCGCAGAGAUUAAAGUGGAUAUGGCCGAAAAUGUGAUCAUGGCGAUGAGGCUUUCAGGUACCACCGAAAUUAGCCACGAAUAAUCAACUGAAAAUGCCAUUGAUAUUUUGAAGUUUCAAUAAAGUCAAAGCAAUCAAAUGUGUUUAAAGAUGUCCCCAGGUAAUUUUAACUAGACAGUAAGAUAAAAUACAAAAAUCAGUAAAAUCCCAUGAUUUGAAAGAACAAUUGAAAGAAAAAUAAUCGUGAGAAUUUUUUUUAAUCAUGCAUCUAUGCUAAGUACACGUAUAUGCCUUUUCGCUCUUCCCCUUUGUGCCAUUCGUGCGUUUUGUCAAAUUCCACCUUUUUUGCAUCGCGUCUAAUACGUCCCCUGUUGGUUAACAUGGUUGCGUAUCUUUAUUGAUUUUUCAGAAUACAGUUAAAUUAAGUAAUGAUCAUCCAACGAAAGUUAUAUUUGUUAGUCAAAUAAAAUUAAGGUAUUCAACAGUAAACCACAGCCGACGGAUCUGCAUAGGGCCACUUGAAGCUGCGACAUGAAACGGGCUGUUAGUGUCACUUUAAUUCUGUAUUUCCAACUCUUUGAAUACGUACUAUUUAAAAAUAAUGAGCGCUCUCCGUUAUUGUACUGCUUAACUUUUGUUUAAAUGUUUAAAUCUAAACUGCACAUGUUCAAGAAAAAACUUAGUUUCCAUGAGCGUUUCGCUUACAUAACAAAACAAUAAAUUACGUGGAAUUAUAUGUAUAAUAAAAUCUGCCUGCGAUUUGUUAUAACAAUAAUUCAAAUGUUUUUCUAUAAAGUAGAUGUCUGAUGGAACUUUGAAAUGCAUCUAAUUGAAAUUUAUUCAUCAGGAUGCAUAACUCGAGAUACAUAGGCUGCCUAUCAAGUGAAAUAAACACGUCUCUCCACGGCAUAAUAUGUUUUAAUGUUUUAAUGUUUAUAAACAUCUUAGGCCUAUUGAUUACCCAGCUUGUGUCAUUUAAGCGUUUUGUUCUUCUGGCUGGUCCCUGAAUAUGUUUAUUUUUUGUAAUUUCAGGUUGUAUUAAAACCAUGAAGUGUUUAAGA